UGGGGCCGGCAGGCUGGGCCAGGCCGUCGCAGUACAGCGGCUUGUUCUGGGUCCCUGCCGACAUCAUGCUCCAGUUCCUGCUUGGAUUUACUUUGGGCAAUGUGGUUGGAAUGUAUCUGGCUCAAAACUAUGACAUACCAAGCCUGGCUAAAAAAAUUGAAGACAUUAAAAAGGACUUGGAAGCCAAGAAGAAGCCCCCCAGUUCCUGAGGCUGACACCUGCUUACUCUGGACACGAUGAGUCCACUACACUCGAGGAUCUCCAUUACUCUCUGAACAGAAAGCUUUCAUUUUAACCCCUAGUCUCAGUGAUUUCCUCUUUUGCUAGACUCUGUGUUACCUUAGAGCAAAGAUGGGGCCACAAAUGCAAAACAGCUCUGACUUUUCUGCUUAUCUUCCCCCUUCCUACCCUCCUGCCAGCCCCUUGGAAGAUUCCGAGACUGGAAUUUUGGUGCUAGAUUCACAGUAGUUGCUCCCUUCUUCCAAAGAAUUUCUAUCGCCUUUUUUUGAAAAGAAAAAAAUUGAUAAGUUUUGUAUGUAUUGCUCUCCGGUUAUAAGUAAUGCUGAUUUCACAGUUUACCAAUAAUAAUGGGUUUUUCAACAUUUGGUACUAAAUUAUG